UAAAUUAUAUGACGUCAAUCUAAGCCAAACAAUGGCCGAGUUUCAAUGGCCGUGGGAAUACACAUUUCCACCUUUCUUCACUCUGCAGCCGCAUGAGGAAACACGCCAGAAACAAUUUAAGGUGUGGACAGAUCUCUUUCUCAAAUACCUCAAACACAACAAUAAAUUUACGCUUGGCAUCAACGAUCAAACCUCGCCAUUAUUUUGUAAUGAAUCAAUUAAUCGCCGCCUCUCGCCAGAGUUCAUCCAGCUAAUCCUGGAGCAAUUGCAGCAGACGGGACAUGCUGCACCGCUGGAUAAAAAGAGGCAGGAGUGGCAGGUGUAUUGGCACACACUGGAGGAAUACGGAAAUAUGGUCUAUGACUGGAUUCAGGAGACUGGACAAACGAAUAGCAUUUGUACGUUGUACGAGAUAGCCUCGGGUGAGAAUACCACCCAGUUGGAGUUCCACGAUGUGGACGAGGCUGUGCUACUGAAUGCCUUGCGUCUGCUCGAGGAGAAGGGCAAAUGUGAGCUAAUUGAAAUGGAUGGCAGUUAUGGAGCAAAAUUUUUCUAAAUGUGUACUUGUCCUUUAAAUAUGGAUAGCUUUAAAUGCAACCCUCAAUUUAUUAUGUUCUUAUUGUUUACGCGAUCGAAAAUACAUUAAAUUAUACAGA